AUGGCAGACAACGACAACCCCGGCAAUUUCGCUAACCGCCCCAAGGAGGAGGUUCAGAACAUUGCCGCCAAGGGUGGAAAGGCUAGUCACAGCGGCGGCUUUGCGUCCAUGGACUCUGAUAAGCAGCGUGAAAUAGCUUCUAUGGGAGGAAAAGCAUCGGGAGGAUCUUUUGAACCCGGCAGUGAGAAAGCUCGCGAGGCGGGCCGCAAGGGUGGUUCCCAGUGAAGCUGGGAUGACUAUGUACUCUUGAUGGACAAAUAGAUCUGGUGUUCAUUAAUUAGUACAUAAUGCAAUGUAUCUUUUAAAGUAA